UAAUGAUAAUACAUCACCUAAAACAUGCAAAUAAAAUACUGCUAUUAAGAAAUAGGGUUUACAAUUGUUAUCAAUAGUCAUCUUUAGGUACUGAUAUCUGAAAAAAAAAAAUUAUAACUACUUACCUAGAUAGGCAAUUGCCUUCAGAUAACUACGUAAUUGUCUUCACCUGCUGAUCGUCUUUGUUGUUAGCAAGAUCAACAUAAAGAUAUGAUAAGGGUACUGUACACAUUUCCAAAGAAAUGCCAAAGAGAACAAACAUGAUUGUGUGUUAUAUACAUGAUUCAAAUAAUGUUAUGUCUUAUAAAAAAAAGAACAGAUAUGACAAUAAAGGGGUUAAGUUCAAACAGAUGUAUGCAAACGGACAUUUUUUGCAUGUGUGUGUGUGUGCUUUUACAAAGGAAGUGGACUGUGAGGGUGACGAUAACUCAUUCAAGAUCAAGACAAUCACCAACACUGCUGCCACUCUCCCGCUCUCCGUUCUCCUCGCCCGGUAUUGUGUUCUCUUCUCACUUCUUGUUACUUCGCAGUAUCGGUGCACUAAGAGUAUCUCUGCCAGUGAGACCUGCAAGGCAGACGAGUUAGCUCACACCAGGAGCUAAGGAUUGACUGUUACCUACUGUGAGGAGAGUGGACCAAGGAGUCUCUGUCGGGUGAGAGGAGAGAUGCAGGAAGAGGAAGAUCCAAAGGAAUAUCGUUGGGAGAGCGGCUACGAGAAAACAUGGGAGACGAUACAGGAAGACGAAUCUGGCCGCCUGGAGCCGUCAGUGACAGAGAUAAUCCAGCGGACAAAACGGCGCAAGUUGCUGGACAGAGAGGCGAGUGUGCGCCUUGGAAUCAUGAGGCAUGUGUACAUUAUCCUGGACUACUCACAGGCCAUGACGGAGCAAGACCUCAAACCCACACGUCAGAUUUGCACACUAAAGAUUCUAGAGGAUUUCAUCAAGGAGUUUCAUGACCAGAACCCAAUAAGCCAAUUAGGUAUUAUCACAACUCAAAAUAAGGUUGCCAAGAGGAACAGUGAUCUCAGCAAUAACCCGCAACGCCACCUUGACUGUAUCAAGAAAUUACAAGAUGUUCCAUGCCGUGGAGAGCCAUCACUACAAAAUGCAUUAGAGGUGGCCCUCUCCUCUCUACGACAUCUUCCUCCUCAUACUUCAAGAGAGAUCCUGAUUAUCUAUGCUGCAUUGACAACCUGUGACCCAGGAGAAAUCAUUGCCACCUUACAAAAAGUACAGGAAGCUAACAUCCGAGUGUCAGUGGUGGGCUUGGCUGCAGAACUCCAUGUGUGUAAGGAUAUCACUAAAAACACUGGUGGGUCCUUCUCUGUUUCCAUCAAUGACCUCCACCUUAAGGAACUUGUUAAUGAACACCUGGAACCUCCCCCAGCCUCUAAUAAGAUGGACCACACCCUCAUUAAGGUUGGCUUCCCACAUCAGAUUAAUGCUGAUGCCAAGCCUGCCCUCUGCAUGUGCCACCUGGAUGAUCUUCCACCGCUCAAUACUCGUGGUUACUACUGUCCACAGUGCACUGCCAAGUACUGUGACCUGCCAGCUGAGUGCCGUGUGUGUGGCCUCAUGUUGGUCACUGCGCCUCAUCUUGCUCGCUCUUACAGGCACCUAUUCCCCCUGAGACAUUUUAAUGAGAUACUUGCAGAGGAGAGUUCUGCUAAGGAGUGCUAUGGAUGUCAAAAGCAAUUCACUGCAACUGCUGCUGAUAAAAAUGUAUAUGUGUGCAGGACAUGCCAGCAAGUGUUCUGUUUUAACUGUGACAUCUUCCUGCAUGAAACAGUCCACUCAUGUCCGGGCUGUGCCUCGAACCCAACCAUUUCACAGUACACUAACACCUGAGGUUUGCUCUACAUCAUCCAUAUGUAUUGAUAAGUUGUAUGUUACUAAUUUUGUAGCAAUAUUUUGCUAUAUGGUCUGAUAGGUACUACAAAAGUAUUAAACAUUGUCACAGUUUUGUGCCAAUUACCCUCCACCAGUACCUGCAUCAGAUUAAAAGUAUUUAAUGUAAUGUUACUAUGGCUUAACUAAGUAAAGAAAUUAGAUUCUA